AUGGGUGCUUCAUCUCCGGCUGGAAAGCUUGAAAAGACCAUGUCGUCAAACCUCUUGACGAUGAAGUUCAUGCAGCGUGCUGCAGCUUCGAAGGAAGCAAAAGAGGCCAAGGAAGCAGAAAGCACAGGAGAAUCCAAUCAGCCCACUCCCAAGCGCCGACGUGUCUCCACCGAGGCCGAAAGCCCUCGCACCUCUGAGAUGGAAGCGAUCUCGGCGGCACUUGCUGCUGAAGAGGAAAAGCGACAGGAAGCUAUUGCGCGCCAGGCUGCAGAGUCUGGUGAGUCACAAUGGGUGCUGGACAUCCCAGCUGCGUCUGGGUAUACUCCGCAGCCUGUUGUAUUGGCCGCAGAUUCGCUCGACGAUGGCAGCCAAGGUGGACGCCGUGGAUAUGGAAACUUCAAGCGCAAACAGCGCGAGGCGGUCGCUGAAAAGCAAAAGCAGGAGGAGCUUGAAGCUCGAAUCAAGGAGAAGAACAAGCCUCAUCCAGACCAGAACCUCAAGAAACUAACCAGUAUCUCUGGGUCUGGAGGCAGAUCAUCUAUGAUGGGUGCACCAGACAAUAAGAAGAAGAAGCGUAAGAGCGGUUAG